AUGAAGGCUGGUCAGGCGGGACUAGAUCAUGCUCGAAAACUGGACCAAGAGCAUGGCCUCUUACACCUACGAGACAACUUCCACAUCCCGACCAAAGCCGAACUCUCACGCAAAACAGCAAAAGCACCAGAUCGCCAACAGAAUGGCAAUGGCAACGAUGAACCAAGCAUUUACCUCUGUGGCAACUCUCUCGGCCUCCAACCACAUCUAACCAAGAAAUACUUCCAACAAUACCUCGACACCUGGGCAACCAAAGGAGUCUACGGCCAUUUCACAGACAUGGAAGAUACAGAUCUCGUGCCCUGGCUGCAUGUGGACGAUGACUGCAAACCCGAGAUGGCGAAGAUUGUUGGUGCGCUGCCAGACGAGGUGGCGAUUAUGCAGACGUUGACUGCGAAUCUGCAUCUCAUGAUGGCGAGUUUCUAUCGACCCACAAAGGAGAGAUUCAAGAUUAUAAUUGAGAGGAAGGCCUUUCCAAGUGAUCAUUACGCAGUAGAAUCCCACAUCGCCCACCACAACCUCGACCCAGCCACAUCCAUGAUCCUCAUCGCCCCCCCCAAAUCCGGCUCACUCCUCCUAACCACCGCCCACAUCCUCUCCACCAUCGACAAACACGCCACAGACACCGCCUUACUCCUCCUCCCCGGCAUCCAAUUCUACACAGGUCAAUACUUCGACAUGAAACGCAUCACUGCCCACGCCCAGAGCAAAGGGAUCAUCGUAGGCUGGGACCUCGCUCACGCCGUCGGCAACGUACCCAUGCAGCUCCACGACUGGAACGUCGAUUUCGCCGCGUGGUGUACGUAUAAAUACCUCAACUGCGGCCCGGGUUCUAUCGGAGGGUGUUUCGUGCACGAACGGCAUGGGGAGGUUACGGAGAAUCCACCUAGCCAAGAAGGCGAGGAGCCGACAUUCGAAUACAGGCCUCGAUUAUCGGGGUGGUGGGGCUCCUCGAAAACCUCUCGUUUCGCCAUGACUAAUCGAUUCCAUCCUAUUCCCGGCGCGGGAGGGUUUCAGUUGAGUAAUACUUCCGUCGCUGACUCGACGGCUGUGAAAGCUAGUUUGGAUGUCUUCAAGCAGACUAGUAUCGAGGCUUUGCGGGAGAAAAGUCUGAAGCUGACGAAGUAUCUGGAGGAGUCACUUGAUGCUCUGGCGCAGGAAAUGCGGGAUUCUGUGGGGAGGGAAUGCUUCAGCCAGAUUACGCCGAGGGAGGCGGAGCAGAGGGGCGCGCAGAUUAGCGUUUUGCUUGAUGAGGGGUUGUUGGAUCAUGUCAUGGAGGCGCUGGAGAAGGAGGGCGUGGUGUUGGAUGAGCGGAAACCAGAUGUUAUUCGGGUCGCGCCGGCGCCGCUGUAUAAUACUUUCGAGGAUGUCUUCCGCUUCAUUGAGGCAUUUCGGGUGGCUUUGAGAGGGGCUGAGGGUGAUGGGAAGAAGCGGGGGGAGAAUUUGGGGAGUGUUAUGGUGGAUGGGGGGAGGGAGGCCAAGGGGUGGAGUGAGAUUAAGUAG